AUGUGCGCAGUCAGCUCCAGCCCCCACCUGGCGGCCCGCCCUCCAGCUCGUGACGACCUGCAGAAACUGAAGGUCAGCUGCUCAGAUAAGCGUUCCGUUGACGUCUUUUCCCAGAACAGAGCUUGUUGUGUGUGGUACGUGUGUGAUGCAGGCUCCAGGUAUGCGUGUCCGCUCGCCCCUUCGUGUUUCUCCCGGACUGAGACCCCGUUGUGUCGCCUCCAGGUUGACAUCGUGGACAUAUGUGAGUCCAUCCUGGAGAGGAAGCGGCAUGACAGCGAAAGGUCUACGUGCAGCGUCCUGGAGCAGAAUGAUAUCGAAGCUGUCGAGGCUCUUGUUUGCAUGAGCUCCUGGGGCCAGAGAUCCCAGACUGGUGACCUGUUAAAGAUACGACCCCUCACACCUGUGUCUGACUCCGGGGAUGUCGCCACCGCUAUGCAUGUGGACGAAGCUACACCGGAGCUACAAAAGGACUUCCAUUCUCUGUCGACUCUGUGCAUGACUCCUCCUCAGAGUCCUGAUCUCAUGGAGCCAUCUACGAGGACACUUGUUCUUUCCCAAGUAACUGAUUCCAAAGCACACAUGGUCGUGGCCAUCCCCCCAGCCUCUGCUGGGGCAGCCAACAUCCUGAGCAGGAGGGAGGAGAGGAGCCUGCCUGGUUUGAAGCCAGAGCUGCUGGCGCCAGCCUCUGGCGCCCCCUGCAGGGCUAUGGCAACCAGUGUCAUCCACCACACAGUGGGGAGUACUGCUCCUGGCCACAUUCCUGCCACCCAGACUCAAGGACAACUUUCAGAAGACAGAGAAGGAGAAGCCCCGUUUCUGGGACAUACGGAAACUUUGCAGGACACACACCUCACGAACAGUUUACUCAACGUGAACUCAGCGUCCUGUCCACCUUGCUGGAAUAAGCCUGGUGACCUGAUUCCCCCUGACAAAGGCCAGCAGGCAGCUUGGCCAGUUGCAAUUCAAACCUGCUCACCAAAGAAUUAUGAAAAUGACUUGCCAGGGAAAGCCACCCCUCUGAUUUCUGUGCCCGUCCCCAGUCCCCCUGUCCUUUGCCAAAUGAUCCCUGUGACUGGGCAAAGUGGCGUGUUACCGGCUUUUUUGAAGCCCCCUCCCCACGUACCUUCUGGGACUGUCACACCCAUUCUACCCCACACUGCUCCAGUGCCCCAGCCUGUGUUCAUGGGACCAUCUGUGCCUCAGGGAGCUGUGAUGCUGGUCCUGCCCCAGGGGGCACUCCCCCAGCCCACCUCCUGCUCACCGGCAGGUGUCAUGGCUGCUGGGAAUACCAGGCUGUUGCCUCUUGCCCCGGCCCCAGUGUUCAUCGCCUCCAGUCACAACUGUGCCCCUCAGGUAGACUUUUCCCGAAGGAGGAACUAUGUCUGCAAUUUCCCAGGCUGCCGGAAAACCUACUUCAAAAGUUCCCACCUCAAGGCUCACCUCCGCACCCACACAGGGGAGAAGCCUUUCAGCUGCAGCUGGGACGGCUGUGACAAAAAGUUCGCCCGUUCCGACGAGCUGUCCCGCCACCGCAGGACUCACACCGGGGAGAAGAGGUUCGCGUGCCCCAUGUGUGACCGGCGCUUCAUGCGCAGCGACCACCUGACGAAGCACACCCGGCGCCAUGUAACCACCAAGAAGCCCCCCGGCUGGCAGGCAGACGGCAAGCUGAACAGAAUCGCCUCUGCAGAGAAGCCCCGGUGCCCGCCGGCCGCACGCCCGCCUCUGCCUGAACUGCUGGCCGCGGCGUUGCCCAUGGAACUUUAAAGGACUUCUUUCAGGUUCUCUCUCCCAGGAUCAUCGUCUCGGGUCCGAGGGAAAAGGAGAGGCUGGUUCUGAUGAAAGUAUGUUAACUGUUCUUCUUUGGUUGAGAAUCUACCCCACCCCGGUUCAGUGUCUUUUACAGUUUCAGAAGUUUUUUAAGGAAAUGGAAAAAAUUGGACGAUCUAAAUCACCAGCAUUCAAACAAACAUUUCGGCAAUAAAUUUUACAAAAUCUGGGUUUUUACAGCCUUUCUAUUCAUAUUUUGUAGAAAUGAGACAGGGUAUGACUUUAUACUGUUUUUUAUGAAAAGGUUUAUAUUGUUGGUACUCAGAUCACCAAUUUCUAGAUAGAUGAUUUAUUUUACAGUCUUCUUUUCAAUGUUUAAUGCUUUUAUAAUAACCCAACUUUCAAUAACCUUGGAACAUUAUUCAGCCAGAAGAAAAAAAAUCACGUUCGCAAUCAAGCCUUUUGGAUGCAAGAAUUUUUUAGAGUCAGAACUGGGUUGAUAGGGUCUCUUAAAGAAAUGGGGAGAAACUCUGCAAUCAGCUUCUUCGUAACAUUCUCAAGGGAUAUUCCAGGCAGCCCUUCCUUCACAGCUGUAGCCCAAGGACUUAAAAUUCUGGUUCAGCAGAACUAGCCACCUGUGUCCGUGGUGUGACUUUUGGAAGAUGUACCCAGAGCACAACUUAAAAACACUCGGUAGACAGCCGCCCUGUGUUCAGGGAGCCUCUGUAGGAUCAGUGUCUGCUCCGCUGAGAACACACCUUUUGCAGUUUCCUGUUUAUACCUCAAACACCAAAAUAAAAAAAGACAAUGUAAGUUCUCAGGCCCAGUUGCUCUGUCAGUGUCAGUUGACUUCUUUUACUGUGGCUUCAUCCAUAGUAUUUUGUGGGCAGAGCAGCUUAGAGGAAAAGGAAUGGCUUUGUUGGUGGGAGGAACUUCCCACCAAGUACAGCGUUGUGGUUUGUAUGCGGAAGCCAAGUGUACAUGCAGGCGGCCCAUCCCCAGUGUUCUGACUCCUUUAUUAAGAGCCAGAGGAAAUGCAAGUUAUGCUAAAUGGCACUGACACUACCCAGCUGCCCUUUCAUUCAUGUUGUUUGAAGGAAAUUGUUUUGAUCAAACAGAAAACUACUUGGAAUGGGGUGUUUCGCAGCCUGAUAGGAAAUAGGCCGUGGGCACCACGCUGAAGCUGUGGGAGCACAGGCCCUGGCUCCACGGCGACUGCACCAAGAAGCCACCGCGGCUGCUCUUGGGCAGCACCGGGAAUCCGGGCAGCAGAACACGUGGAAGGAACACGGGUGGUUUUCACUGUGCCGUAUGUGUUUAGAGUUUGUCUUUGCCUCUUAGUAUUGGCGUUUACCUUUAUUAAGAUGAUGGUAAGGUAAAAUAUUGAAUAAAUAGAAUUAGGCUCCGAUUUCAGGUCUUUUAAGUCUGAUAGUCAUCACCUGGUCAUUCAUUGGUUGAUACCAUUGAGUUGCCCUUUAGUGAGAACUGGUGACUGACAUGCCAUCUGUGGGCGCUGGCUGUGUGUUCGGGAGGCUUCCCUGCUUUUUGGACACUUGCUCUGUGUAGUAUGCCUCCUGGUCAUGAGACAUAGCACAGCCGUGCACCAGAGCAGCAAUUAGGUAUAUACAGCUGGUGUUUCCUCACUGCCUGGUCCUUUCUCUCCCCCAGUCGUACCUUAAAUCAGCACAAACAUUUCCCUGUGCAUGCCAUAGCUGGCAUUCCAUUCGGGUGUUUUCCUUAAUGUUAGUCCUACUACUGUGGUGGGUAAUACAAGGUCUUUGGGUAUUUGGUUGCUCGUCACAUUGAGUUUCAUUCUCUGAGCAGCAUCAUGUCUAAAGGAUAGAUGUGUUACACGUGGCUUUAAUUUACACCUCCAUUUCCUGAUUAGAUUUAGAAAUGCCUUGUCUGUAAGCAAACUGUUUUUUUUUUGGCCUUCUGUUUGUCCCCUGAAACACUUUCGUCUGAAGAAUUCUGUCCUGAGAACCAGAACCCUGUGGUUCAUUCCGCAUGGAGCCCCUCGGCCGGCCCGGGGCUCUGAGCAUCGGAGCAGAACGCCCCUGUGUGGCCGGUCCCCCAGUGCACUUUACUCCCUGAGCAGUUUUGCUUGACCCUUGUUGACUUUGAGCCUUUUAAGUAAUUUCAAUAAAAUUUUAAAUGUUUUGGAAAUGUUUUAUGUAACAGACCUGGACUUAAUUAUUUAAGUGAAUAUGUGUGAUGUAACUUCUUUCUUUGGAUAGUAUAAAACUCCAGAUUUGCAAACUGGA